ACGGAACCGGAAACGGAACUCGCGGGCUGAAGUCUUUCAGCUCGCGGAAAGCGCGAGUCUUGUUGGGAAACUUGGUUGUCAUUAAUAUUUGCAUAUAUAAUGUUCAUGUUAUGAACAUUAUAUCGAAAACAAGACCAAGCAUUUAGACACGUCAAUGGAGAUGGACAGGGAGAGACGACACAGACGCCAUGAUUCGCCUCGGGAAACGAAGAUUAGAAUCAAGCAGGAGAAGCUGAGUCCGGCUAGGCCGCAGAGAUCCCGCCGCUCGAGUUCGGGAUCUAACAGAGGCAGCGCAAGUCCGGUGCCGCAGAGGAGGCGAGCCAGCAAAUCACCAGCCAGGAGGGGGGACAGGUCGUCAGGCCGAAGGGAGAGCCGUUCCCCCCGGCGUAAACGGAGCCGAAGCCCCCCACGUGGCAGUGAUGUUAAAAUAAAACGGGAACGGGACAGUCACUGCGGCGAAGAGGACCGGAGGCGGCACAACCGCAGGGAUGGGGAGGAUGAGCGACGGGGAGGACGGGAGGCUGAGCGGCCGCGGCACAGAGAGCGAGGAGGGAGAGAGGGAGCAGAGCGGCAGAGGGACAGAGACGCAAGGGCUUUCCAUGAGCAGCAGGCUGAGCGGGUGCGGCAUGAUGAGCGGAGGAGGGAGCACCGACACUGCAUGGAGGCUGGAGGCCAGGAUGCUCCUGAAAGUCCCACCUUUGGCUCGCAGGCGGACAGCGAGGCCCCAGUGGCAGACAAAGAGAAACCCAACUUUGAGCUCUCUGGUGCCCUCGUAGAAGAUACCAACACCUUUAGGGGGGUGGUGAUUAAAUACAAUGAACCCCCCGAGGCGCGCAUACCUAAGCGGAGGUGGCGGCUGUACCCCUUCAAGAACGACGAGCCGCUACCCGUCAUGUACAUCCACCGACAGAGCGCCUACCUGCUGGGGCGGCAGAGGAAGAUCGCAGACAUCCCCAUUGAUCACCCCUCUUGCUCCAAACAGCAUGCUGUGUUUCAGUACAGGUUGGUGGAGUUCACGCGAGCAGAUGGGACCACAGGCAGGAAGGUGAAGCCGUACAUUAUCGACCUGGGAUCUGGCAACGGCACGUACCUGAAUAACCAGCGUGUCGAGGCGCAACGCUACUACGAGCUGAAGGAGAAGGACGUGCUGAAGUUCGGCUUCAGCAGCCGCGAGUACGUCCUUCUGCACGAGUUCUCUGACACGACCGAGGUGGACGAGAAGCGAGACGAGGAGGACGAGGGCAUGGACGAGUGAGAUGGCAGCGAUCGCGGGGAGACAUGAGACUGCGUGAAGCUGGGUUUUCUCAAGGCCAUUGCGGAAAAUCGAUCCAGAAUCUGGUUAGACAAGGGGCAUAGUGAGGACUCUGUUAGGGGGAAGAGCCUCUGUCCCUUACAGUACAGUUUUUUUUUUUUGUUUUUCCUUUUUAACUACUCAGGUCGUUGUAUGUAAGUACAGUAGUUUGCUUAUUGAUGGCUGACUGGUGUACAGUGACAGUUAUUGUCCCGUUCGCUUGAACGUUAAACCCUUUAAACCAGUAGAUCAGCAUCCGCACAGAUGUUAAUAAAAUAUUUUUUCGAACCAAACUCUUGAUUACAGGCUCUUUGACGAGCCACCCGCAUAAGUUACUGUGAAUACAGAAAUGAUCGCUAACCCUGGAGUUCGUGCAUCACCCACCCCCACCAAGAUCACGGGUCCUGACCAUCAUCUAUCGGUUAAAUAUGCGGCUGUCAUACAAGAAGAAAGAUUUCAUUUUUUUUUUUUUUUUUAAAGAAUAAAAUAAAAAUUUGCUUCUCUUUUUGUAAACCUGUAUGCAGAAUUAACUGUUGCUUUAUAUAGUGCAAUAUGUAUGCAGCAGUUCAUAUAUUUUUCCCAUUGUACAGAACAUUUUGAGUUGAAAAAAAUGGGUUACUUUGAAUCUUCAGGAGUCACUGAAUGGCUCCGUAAGUUACUAGGUAAUUUCAUUUACAAGUAAUUUUUAUGGUUUUGAACACCUGAAGUUUAAGUAUAUAUUUGGGUUUUUUUAAUAUUUCUUUUGUAAAUAAAGAUUGUUGUUAAUCUGG